AUGUGCGAUGAAACCAACAAACACCCUGGUCGCUUCGCCGUUCUCGGCUGGGGGUACGUCUCCGUCGAGAUGGGGUCGGUUUCCUUGUCCGUGGGCGCAGGGAGAUCUGGAUCUCUCGAAUUUGUCGUUGAAGGUCGGCCAACGCCCGUUCCGUCUUACUCGGCUCGUAGAAUCAUGUCUUCCUCGGAACGCCUGGAAAUAAGACUGAUGUCGUCUGCGAAGUCCAGAUCAUCCAGCUGCUUCAUGAAGGUCCACUGUAAACCAGUUCUCCUGCCUGCAUUAUCCAGUCGACCACCAGCAGGAAGAUCGUCGACGAGAGCAGGCAUCCCUCACGCCAGUUUGCACGAAAAAUGGCACUGUCAGCUUCCCGUCAUGGAUAACUUGACAGGUGGCAUCUUCAUACAGUUGUUGGAUGAUGGUGACGAACUUUGGUGGAAAGCCGUAGUGCUGCAUCAAUCUCCAGAUGACGUCUCUGUCGACACUAUCAAAAACUUUCGGGAUAAGAAAUCAACCCUAUCUACAACGUUUCACAAAAAAAAGAAAAAGGAUCAACACUAUCUACAACGUCUGACAAAAAAAAGAAAAAGAAAUCAACUCUAUCUACAACGUCUCACAAAAAAAGAAAAAGAAACCAACUCUAUCUACAACGUCUCACAAAAAAAGAAAAAGAAAUCAACUCUAUCUACAACGUCUCACAAAAAAAGACAAAGAAAUCAACUCUAUCUACAACGUCUCACAAAAAGAAAAAAGAAAUCAACUGUAUCAAAAACGUUUCACAAAAAAAAGAAAAAGAAAUCAACUCUAUUUCCAACGUCUAACAAAAAAAAAGAAAUCAACUCUUUCUACAACGUCUCACAAAAAAAGAAAAAAAAUCAAAUCUAUCUACAACGUCUCACGAAAAAAAAAAGAGAUGAACUCUAUCUACAAUGUCUCACAAAAAAAGAAAACGAAAUCAACUCUAUCUACAACGUCUCACAAAAAAGACAAAGAAAUCUACUCUAUCUACAAAGUCUUACAAAAAAAGAAAAAGCAAUCAACCCUAUCUACAAUGUCUCACAAAAAAAGAAAAAGAAAUUAACUUUAUCUACAAUGUCUCACAAAAAAAAGUCAAAAAAAUCAACUCUAUCUGCAACAUCUCACAAAAAAAGAAAAAGAAAUCAAUUCUAUCAAAAACAUCUCACAAAAAAAGAAAAUGAAAUCAACUCUAUCUACAACGUCUCACAAAAAAAGAAGUCGACUCUAUCUACAACGUCUCACAAAAAAAAAAUCAACUCUAUAACGUCUCACAAAAAAAAGAAAUCAACUCUAUCUACUACGUCCCACAAAAAAAGAAAUCAACUCUAUGUACAACGUCUCACAAAAAAUAAGAAAAGAAAUCAACUCUAUCUACAACGUCUCACAAAAAAAAUAAAUCAACUCUAUCUACAACGUCUGACAAAAAAGAAAAAAAUUAACUAUCUACAGCGUCUCACAAAAAAAGAAAUCAACUCUAUCUACAACGCCUCCCAAAAAAGAAUUCAACUCUAUCUACAACGUCUUACAAUAAGAAAAAAUAUCAACUCUAUCUACAACCUCUCACAAAAAAAGAAAUCAACUCUAUCUACAACGUCUCAUAUCAACUCUAUCUACGACGUCUCACAAAUAGAAAAAGAAAUCAACUCUAUCUGCAACGUCUUACAAAAAAUGAAAUCUACAACGUCUCACAAAAAAAGAUAUCAACUCUAUCUACAACGUCUCACAAAAAGAAAAAGAAAUCAACUCAAUGUGCAACGUCUCACAAAAAAAAGGAAAAGAAAUCAACUCUAUGUACAACGUCUCACGAAAAAAAAGAAAUCAACUCUACAACGUCUCACAAAAAAGAAAUCAACUCUAUCUACAACGUCUUACAACGAUAAGAAAAAGAAAUUAACUCUAUCUACAACGUCUCACAAAAAUAAAAAAAGAAAUCAACUCUAUCUACAACAUCUCAUAAAAAAGAUAUCAACUCUAUCUACAACGUCUCACAAUAAAAAUGAAAUCAACUCUAUCUACAACGUCUUACAAUAA